GAACCAGCUUUAACCCUCAAAUUCUUAGCACCUCUCCGCCGCUUACUCCCUCACUCAUUCUCCUUUCUGUUUGCAGCCAAUUCCUGAAGUUCUGCUUUGAGCCAUGAGUAAGCUUCAGAGUGAUGCCCUAAGAGAAGCCAUCACUGUGAUUAAGAGUGCUUCAAAUGAGAAGAAAAGGAAGUUCACUGAAACCAUUGAGCUCCAGAUUGGGCUGAAAAACUAUGAUCCCCAAAAGGACAAGCGUUUCAGUGGUUCAGUCAAGUUGCCUCACAUUCCUCGCCCUAAGAUGAAGAUUUGCAUGCUUGGAGAUGCUCAGCAUGUUGAAGAGGCUGAAAAGAUUGGGUUGGAGUACAUGGACGUGGAAGGCCUGAAGAAGCUUAACAAAAACAAGAAGUUGGUUAAGAAGCUCGCAAAGAAAUACCAUGCUUUUUUGGCAUCAGAAGCUGUUAUAAAGCAAAUCCCCCGUCUCUUGGGGCCCGGCUUGAACAAAGCCGGUAAAUUUCCUAGCCUUGUUAGCCACCAAGAAUCGCUCGAGUCUAAGGUUAACGAGACCAAGGCCACUAUAAAAUUCCAAUUGAAGAAGGUGCUUUGCAUGGGAGUUGCUGUUGGUAAUAUGGAUAUGGAGGAGAAACAAAUCUUCCAGAAUGUGCAGAUGAGUGUCAACUUUCUAGUGUCUUUGCUAAAAAAGAACUGGCAAAAUGUGAGAUGCCUGUACUUAAAGAGUACCAUGGGAAAGACUCAACGCGUCUUCUAAAUUGUAUUACAAAUCUUGGCAGUUUUGGCGUUUUGCUUUGUAUGCGCGAUAGAUACUACUGAAUUUUUUGGUUAGUUGUGAUCCUGGAUAUUGUCUUGAACUUGAUAUCAGUUUUCUGAUGAUUUUAUUUUCUCCCUUUAAGAUGGUACCGCCACUCUUUCUGUUAUAUCAUGGUUUAAAUUUCUUGAA